UGUUAUAGAUCAUACCAAAGCUCGUCCUCCACUGAAUAUGAAAAAGAAGAAUUUUAGGUAUUAACACAUUAAAUUUAUUAUACCUACAGAAUUUUGUGUGAAAUAAAAUAUAUUUUGUAAUCAGCGAUGGAUUCGACGGAGGUGCAAAACAAUCCCAAUCCCAGGGAAACUGCUGGGAUCUUAUCAAUUAUGUUUUUUGGGUUUACAAUACCAACAUUUAGAACUGGUAUGAAAAAACAGAUAGGCGUAGAGGAUGUAUAUAAUACACUAAGAAGUGAUAGAAGCGAAUAUUUAGGAGAUAGAUUAGAAAAAAAUUGGAAUAGAGAAUUAGAACUGGUAAAACAAAACAAAAAAGAAAAACCUAGUCUAUUUAAAGCCGUCGUCAGAACCUUCUGGUUAGAAUAUCUCCUCAUAGGAAUUAUAGCUGCAGUAUCUGAUAUAGGUAUACGAUCGUUUCAACCAUCUAUGUUAGGUGGAGUUUUGGACUAUUACACUCCUGGAUCUAAAAAAUCAAAAUUGGAAGCAUACUUUUAUGGAUCUGGUAUGGUGAUAAUGUCUUUGACCUCUUCUAUUUUAAUGAAUCAGUACAUGACUAAUGCAGCCCAUGCGGGGAUGAAAGUUCGAUCUUCAGUGUGUGCUUUAAUAUACCGAAAAGCAACUCGACUCAGUAGAACUGCUCUGGGAGACACACCUGCAGGAAAGGUUGUAAAUCUCCUCUCCAACGACGUCGCAAGGUUUGACUUCGCAUCAAUGAUGAUCCAUCAGCUGUGGAUUGGACCAGUUUCCACAAUACCCGUUAUUUACUUUUUAUAUCAAAGAGCACAACUGCCAGGAAUAGCUGGAAUAUUAGUCAUACUUAUAAUGUCUCCUUUACAAGCAACAUCCGCUAAACUGGCAACAAAAUUCAGGAAGAUGACUGCUCUGAGAACAGAUGAAAGAAUCAGGCUGAUGGACGAAGUCAUUCUUGGUAUUCAAGUUAUCAAAAUGUAUGCUUGGGAAAUUCCUUUCCAAAAAGUAAUUGGAUUGGCAAGAAAGGCAGAAAUUAAAAUAAUUAAAAAAAAUUCAUACAUCAGGGCUCUUUUUAUGACUUUGGGAAUGGUUACGACCAAAUUGGCUCUAUUUGCUACGCUUGUUACUAUUACAUUAACUGGUGGAGAAAUAACGGCAGCGAAGGUAUUUGUACUUAUUUCAUACUUCAACAUGCUAUCUAUGACUUUAACUGGUAUUUUGACAAGAGGAAUUGCAGAAAUCGCUGAGAUGUUCACGUCAAUCGCCCGUCUUCAAAAAUUCCUUGAAAAUGAUGAAUACAAGUACGAUCAAAAUAAGAUAAGCUCAGAUCCGAAUGAAAACUCAAAAUCAAUGUUAUCUCUCAAAAACAUCUAUGCUAAAUGGGAUGCCUCAUUGAGCGAUUGUGUACUUAAUGAUAUUACUUUAGAGCUCAACAAGGGAAAGCUACUAGGUGUUAUUGGACCAGUUGGUGCCGGUAAAAGCUCACUUCUUCAGACGUUAUUAGGUGAGCUGGAUAUAGACAAAGGAUCCAUAAAUGCCAACGGAACUUACUCCUACGCUUCACAAGAACCUUGGAUAUUUUCCUCUACCAUUCGGCAAAAUAUUUUGUUUGGAGCUGACUAUGAUAGAAAACGAUACAAGGAAGUCAUUCGUGUUUGUGCUCUGGAAAGAGAUUUGGAGCAGUUCAAAGAUCGGGAUAUGACUGUUGUUGGAGAUAAAGGAGCUUCUUUGAGCGGUGGCCAAAAAGCAAGAAUAAAUUUAGCUAGAGCUGUGUAUAGAGAAAAAGAUAUAUAUUUGUUGGACGAUCCCUUGUCAGCUGUGGAUAUACACGUGUCUAAAGUACUUUACGAUGAAUGUAUUAAUGGAUUUUUAAAAAAUAAGACAAGAGUUUUAGUUACACAUCAAGUACAUUACUUGAAAAAUGCUAGUCACAUAAUUAUUCUAAACAAUGGAAGAAUCGAAGGCGAAGGUUCAUUUAAUGAUCUUGCUAAUAGUGACAAUUUAUACGCUCAACUUUUAACGAAAGAACCAGAAAUAACAGAAGAGGAAAAAGUUAAGCAAAUUGAAUUUGCCAGACAAGUUUCUAGACAAUCAAGAAAGAGUAGAAAAUCGUCGAUGACAAGUAUCAUAAGUGAAAAGACAAUCGUAGAAGGUUUAAUGGAAGAUAGUGACGAAGAUAGUGAAGAUGAAGAGAACACCAAAAAAUUGGAGAUGCGAGAUAUGCAAGAAGAAUCAUCGAAGGGCAAAGUUUUAGGAUCCUUACUUUUAAGAUACUUUAGGACUGGAGCCAAUUGUUUCAACGUCUUUCUCAUUUUAUCUCUUUACGUAUUAGUACAAGUUUCCAGUAGCAUGGUAGAUUAUUUCUUAAGUAUCUGGACAAAUAUUGAAGAUGAAAGAACCAGUGCUAGUAUCUUAUUAGAAUCGAAUAGUUCAUCUACCUUACUAGAGGAUAUUUCUACCACAAUUGCUUCCAAUAAUAUAAAUUCAACUGUCGUCCUAGCUGAUUUUCCUUCAACUAUUCCUUCUACUACUUUAAGUGAUGCAGCAUUAAAUACAUUAAAUACCACUGUAAAACUCGAACCACAAGCUUGGAUCCAAUUUCCUGCUUGGACUACUGAGGAAUGUCUUUACAUCUAUGGCAUACUUAUAUCCAUUUCAAUUUUGAUGACUUUAGGAAGAUCAUUUUCGUUUUAUUCUUUGGUUAUGUCUUGUUCACGCAAUCUUCACCAAAUUUUGUUCAAAGGUGUCAUUUAUGCUAAAAUGAGAUUUUUCGAUACUAAUCCUAGCGGCAGAGUGCUCAACAGAUUUGCUAAGGAUAUUGGAAGUGUUGAUGAGAGUAUACCAAGAGUACUUUUGGAUGGAGGUCAGAUGAUCUUGCAAAUAUUUGGAUCUCUCAUUCUAGUAGGAGUUGCCAAUCCAUACGCAAUUGCAAUGGCCUUAAUUUUGGCAAUAGCUGCAUUUUUCUUAAGAAAUAUUUAUUUAAAAACCUCGAAAAAUUUAAAGAGAGUGGAAGGAAUACUGAAAAGUCCAGUGUUUACUCACCUAAGUGCAACUUUACAAGGAUUACCAACAAUCAGGGCACUAAGAACAGAGAAAAUUCUGCAGGCAGAAUUCGAUAAAAUUCAAAAUUACCAUAUCAGUGCCGGAUUCAUGAAUUUCACGUGCGGUGCAGCUUUUGGAAUCAGUUUAAGUAUGUGUUCAAAUAUAUUUAUAGCAGUACUAAUAUUCAGCAUACUUACGUUCGAUAAAGCUAUGGGACUAACGGGAGGAACUGUGGGUCUGGCAGUGUCUCAAGCUAGCACCUUAACCGGAAUGAUUCAAAUGGCUAUGCGAAUGACAGCUGACAUAUCUAACCAGAUGAUGUCGGUCGAAAGAGUUCUGGAAUACGAACAACUUCCACCUGAACCUCAACCGAAAAAUCCAAAGCCACUUCCCAAGAAUUGGCCCAGUUCAGGAAAGAUUGAUUUUCAAAAUGUUAAGCUCCAAUACUUCGAAGGUGGUCCUACGAUUAUAAAAGAUUUGUCUCUAAAUGUUAAGGCAACGGAAAAAGUUGGAAUAGUUGGUAGAACGGGUGCCGGCAAAUCAUCUUUAAUCGCUGCUCUAUUUAGACUAGCUAACGUAGAGGGCAAAAUUGCAAUUGACGAUAUCGAUACGAGAGACAUUUACUUGAGGGACCUCCGAUCGAAAAUUUCCAUCAUUCCUCAAGACCCUGUUUUAUUUUCGGGUACGCUUCGGUACAACUUAGAUCCAUUUGAAGAAUACUCCGACGAACAACUGUACAAAGUAUUAGACGAAGUGGAGCUGAAAGAUCCCAAUAACAUUAUUAACAGAUUAGAAAAUAGAGUUAUGGAUAGAGGUUCCAAUUACAGUGUCGGGCAAAGACAACUGAUUUGUUUAGCUCGUGCUAUCAUAAGGAAUAAUAGGAUCCUCAUGUUGGAUGAAGCUACAGCAAACGUCGACCCUCAGACUGACGCUCUCAUUCAGAAGACCAUACGAACCAAAUUUGCAAAUUGUACUGUCCUAACCGUAGCUCAUAGACUGAACACCAUCAUGGAUUCUGACAAAGUAUUGGUUAUGGAUCAGGGAACAGCAGCAGAAUUUGACCACCCACAUCUUUUACUUCAGAAUUCCAACGGUAUCUUCUCUAAGAUGGUGGAGGACACUGGUCCUGGUACGUGUGAGCAAUUGAAAACAGUUGCGAAAAAUACGUUUGAUAAGAAUUUGCUGAUUGAAGAAUGAAUGUGAUUAAACUAGUAAAUUAUUUAAUUGUAGUAAUAAAAUUGUAUAUAUUAUGCUAAAUAAAUAUUUUAAGUACAAAA